AAAGACAAAAAAAGAAGGCUUCAUUUCUGUUGCGUGUCCGGACAACCAACCCCCCAUCCUACUCAUUCUAUGAACACUAGUUAUCAUGAUAAUUUUUGUAAGAAGUUUGAAGUCCUGAGCUGAGCUAACCUGUGGCUGUGACUUUUUUACAAUGUCAAUCAUCAUUUGCCUUGGACUGUUGAGUGUUGGAUUUUGGUGACAAAACUAAUAAAAGUUGAAAUUUUAAGGUGUUUUUGAGAAUGAGAAUUGAGAUUGUUGGUGGUCCUGACAUUCCUGGUUUGGUGUGUGCAUCACUCAGCAUCGCAUUGUUAAGUUGAUGAAAACUUUCAUGACAUGUCAGUGCAUGGACUCUGAGCUAGUGUGCAUCAUUAUUAGCCGCAACAAGUAUUGUAUAUGUACAUGUAUGUUGCGAUGAGUGGUUGCAAUUUGAAUGAUGGUUGUUGCUGCUGAAGUAGGAAAUUAAACCACAUUUUAUUUAAGUUUUUUUUGCUAGGAUAAUUGAAGCAGGAUCUAAUUGAUGGCCUCUUGAACAUCAUUAUCCAGUUAUUGCUUGUAGUAUUGUUGAGGGCUUAAAAUGACGAAACAUGAAAUAGUAUACAAAUAAUUAAUGUUUAUGAGUGCAAUGGACUGAAUACUUCAUGAGGUGAAAGAUGAAAUGAUCCAUUUAACGAGGCGUAGCCGAGUUGAAUGGAUCAUUAUUUCAUCUUUCACCGAAUGAAGUAUUCUGUCCAUUGCACGAAUGAAAAUACAUUCAUUAUUUGGUUUACAUGUAUAUGACAUCUAAAAAAAAAAAAUUUCAUAUGAAAUUCAUGAAUUUUGAUGCAAAACAUGCUCAUGCUGUGCAAGUUCGGUCUGUUGAUUGUUACGUCAUUACAACAUGCGCACUGAUGAUGCAUGAGCUGCAAUCUCGGUGCGCGAGUGCAAUGGACAAAAUCGUAUGGAUCCAAAAUUGCACGGUUGAUGACGUCAUUGCAAAAUGGGCUGAAUGAACGAUAUCAAACAACCAAUCAAAUCACAAGGAUCUAUCUAGGUGUCAUAUAAUACUUGUUGGAGGUUUAUUCAUGUCAAAAUAAAAAACAGCCCACAGUAUAUGAUACAGGAAACAAUCUGGAACUAGGUCUAAUGAUUUUGGUGGCGAUACUUUUGGCGAUCAAGCAGUCAGUAGGCCUCUGUAAAAGGGGUUCAUUACAUGCCGCAGCGCACAGAAAAAUCAAGCCAUAUAUUAAAGUCGUGCGUUGCGGGGUUAGUAUACUAAUACUAACCUCGCACUAUUUUGAGUGGUGUAAACUUUCUUUUUCCAAAAUAACAAUUCAAGUAAUAUUCAGAUGAUAAAUGGUCAUCGAUCAGCAGAAAAAUAAGUUACUCUUUCUCGAGGAAAUCUAUUUCUCUGUCAAAACAAACUUGGAAAAGAGAAUAUGUUGGCAUUGCAACGCAUCUAACAACGCGUUGCAGGUUGAGGCAAUAGGCGUGCAACACUAUGCAACCAGUGAUAAUAUUACGUAACAAUAAAUUACGUAACGAUCGUAUUACCACAAUAUAAACAUUAGGCACUUAGAGAAUUUGUGAAGGGAAAGUUUUAAUAAAGCAAUUUUCCGCUUUAUGACUUUAGAUCAUCAUAUUCAAAUUAUGAUUUUAUUGAUUUGUCCCUGGCACAUGAACUAGAAUAGUCUCAAUUUACAAACAGAUUAAACUUGAGUCACAAAUUUUUUAUUCCAAAAUUUUUAAUAAAAUUCAAACUCACUACUCAAAUAGUAUCUGGCACACUACCUGGAAGCGAUGCUAUCAAACAGUGUUUCUUUUGUACAUGUAUUUUAUAAUUCAUUUUGGUAUGUAUUUGAUGACGAAGAGAAUCGCUAAAAAAUCACAACAAAUUAUAACAAUGGUGAAAUUACAUUAUCCAUGAGAAAUCAAGCCAAAUUUUACAUCAUUCAAUGGUGGAAAAUAGCUAGUGUGUGUGAUGUCAUUGGUUUCCUCAUUUGCAUGCAGCAUAUGAUGUGCAUAUCACUGUUUUGUCAAAAUAAGCAAACCUUAUUCUUGAAUACCCUUGAUGCAUGCAAAAGCGGGGAUCCCAGCCAAAGCUAAGAACACAUUACUCCAUAUUUUCAGUCUGAUUUUAAUGAAAUUUAUAGUGCAAUGCUUGUUAGAUUUUUUCUUUCUGAUUUCUAAUAAACUUUCUGCUUGGGUGGACUUGCUUUUGAGAAAGAAGUGGAAGGAGGGAGUGUUAUCAUGAUGAUGGUGAGAGUCAAUAUAAACCUUUGUAUUACAGUGUAGAAAGGAAAUGCUGCUGUUGCUGCUGCUCUUGAUGAUGAUGGUGAUGAUGACGAUGAUGAUGCUGAUGAUGAUGGUGAUGAUGAUGAUGAUGAUGAUGAUGAUGAUGGUGAUGAUGAUGAUGGUGAUGGUGAUGAUGAUGAUGUAAUGAUGAUGAUGAUCAUCAUCAUCAUGAUCAUGCUGUUGCUGCUGCUGAUGGUGAUCAUGAUAAUGAUGGCAAUGAUGACAACAACAACUAUGAUGAUGAUGAUGAUGAAUUAGUUAAUCAAACUUUGUAUAUUUUUGUUUUGUUUUGCUUUCCUGUUAGACGUGAAUUCAUUGAGUGCACUUUAGUCUUCAGUACUAGCAUCACAUAGGAACUACCUGUCCAAUGGCAGAUCAGGACCCUACCCAACCACCUCCCCCAUAUCCUGGGGAUGCAAGCAAAGCAUACCCUCCCCCGGGAGCACCGUACCCACCACAGCAAGCCCCGUAUCCUCAGGGUCAACCUGGUUACCCCCCUCCGGGCCAACCUGGUUACCCCCCUCAGGGCCAACCUGGUUACCCCCCUCAACCAGCAGGGGGAUUUAACCAACCUCAACCAGCAAGCUAUCAGCAGCCUUAUCCUCCACCGGGCGGUUACCCUACUGGUCCAGGGGUGCCCCCACCAGGUGGACAGCAGACCGUGGUGGUCUCCCAGCCAACCCAUACAGUGACCACUGUCGUUCAGCACUUUGGCGAUCUGCCAUCUAACACCAAGUGCCCCAACUGCCAGAACCAAGUCACAACGAUGGUGUCCCAUGAGCCUGGCACGAUGGCCUGGCUGGCUUGCUUUCUCAUGUUCAUCUUCGGGUUUUGGCUCUGUUGCUGUAUUCCAUUCUGUGUCGAUGGCAUGCAAAAUGCUAUUCACCAUUGCCCUGUCUGCAAAUACCGCAUCGCUACCUACAACCGUUAGCUGUUACCAUGACAACAUGUCCUCCAUGCCCUAGGAAUACUUAUGGAAUAGGAGGACAAGGAUAAAGAGGAUGAAGAGGAGGAGGAGGGAGAAGAAGAGGAGAAGAGAGAUAAUGAUACCUAGGAGUAGGGAUUAAUUACCUUUACCAAUUUUGUUGUAAUACAGUGCAAAUGAUGUUAUUACUGAUGUUCUCUGAUUUUCCAAGUCACGUAUACAUAUUUUUACUUUGUACUUAAUAAUAGAAUAGGGAGCUAUAUAUAAUCCUGUAACUCAUGCGAGUACAAAUUAUUCCAUGACAUUUGCUCUGGCGACUAUUGCUCCGCCACAAAUUCCACAACUAAUCGAAUGAUUAACCUCAACCCUGGAAUUAACACUCAAUCCUUCCCUAAACCUAACUCUAAACCUUGCAUAAAACCCUAUUGCACCCAGCUUAACCUAAUCCGACAUCGUAGACUAAAUAAGCCCGGAGCUAUUGUCACAGGAGCAAAUGUCGUUUCGCCAGUGCAUAUGUAGACUGUUGCAUGAUGUAAUACAAGGACUUCUUUAUUGGAAUUCUAUGAUCAUGUGUACUUUUGUGGCUCGGUGAAUGUUUGAUUUACAUUUUUAAGAUUACAUUGUCUUUUUGAGUAUUAAUAGCUAUUGAUUAGAAAUGUAAAUACAUAUAUUAUUUGAUACAAUUUCCUUGGUGAAUAUUCUGUGGGUUUGAUUCUUAGAAAAAAUAGUUUCAUCUUUGAAUUAAACCCUAAUUUUAAUGUGAUUUAUUUUUAAAUGUGAACAUGCAAAAUCUAUGAUUAUUCACUUGAUUUCAAUGCAAUAUGUCACAUUGGUUAAAAUUGGGUCUUUCAAAAAUUCAGCAUUUAACGCUGUAUAAAAGUGACCAUUGUGAUUUUUAUUAGUUAAUUUAUCUUGUCUUAUUCAUGAUUCAUGAGCAGUCAUCAAAGCUUUAUUUAGGGGCAAAGAGAUGCAUUCAUAAGAUUGACUUAUUUAUGUUUGUAUUCAGUUGAGAAUUACACAAAUGGAUAUAUUAUAUAUGAAUGAAAAUUUGCAAUUUGAUGAUGUUGUGAUGUGUCUUCAUACAUGAUUUGUCUAUGUUUUUUUAUUGCUAAAGGGCGCUGUUGGACAGUUUUGUAACCUGCUGUACUUCCCGCCAUCUUCGUUAUGAAGAUCAUCAAUGUCACUUGCACGCAGCUGUCAAUUAUCCGCCAGUCGCAUAGCACAUGCACAGUACACCUUCGCUGCGCUGCUCUUGGCUACGUCGGUGUUGUCCUGAAUAUCUUCUGAUGUCAAACAGUAUAAGGAGGCGGAUCCAACCUGCCAGGAUCUUGGAACAGCAGGCGAAGCAUACGCGAACUGAGAUUAUCAAAUCGGGGGCAUGCAGGGAAUUGUUUGUGAGAAUACCCUGGUAUAACGUUCUCGUCAUCGGGCAGCGGCGCUGUUUGCAGCACGUAGAAUGUCCAACAACGCCCUCUAAUAAUAAUAUAAUAAUAAUCCGUUUUUUAUAUAGCGCUUAAUACAUCGGAACGACGUGUCUAAGCGCUUUACAGAUAUAUUAUUACCCCGGUCAUCGGAUUCAAUCAGUCAUUCCCGCACACAAUGUGUGCACAUCCUCCACUCCCUGGGGAGUAUUCCAGUCAGUCGCCGGUGAGGCGCACACAGUACUGGACAAGCUACUAUUAUUAUUACCCCGGCUAAGCAAGGCAGCCGUUUAAGGCGCACACAGCUUUUUUAGGAAUUCCUGCCGGUACCCAUUUACAUCACCUGGGUCGAGUGCAGCACACAGUGGAUGAAUUUCUUGCUGAAAGAAAUUACGCCAUGGCUGGGAUUUGAACCCACGACCCUCUGUUUCAAAGUCCGGAGACUAAUCCACUGGGCCACAACGCUCCACUAUUAUAGCGAUAGUUACCAAACCGUAUCAAAAUCAAGCUUUCCUUGAUUUUGAUUGGCUGAGAAGCAAAGGUUUCUGAUCCUUGACAUAGUAACUGCCGGAUAAAAGAUCCGACAGGUCCUUUAAUGAAACGCUCUGUAAAAAUUUGCUGAUAUCUUCUGGAAAGUCAUGAAAAUCAUAUACAUGUACACGUACAUUCAAAUUAUUUCUUUUUAAUUAGCAGAUCUGAGCUAUGACGAGUCCUUAUGUAAUUGACAGUUAAACCUUUGAAAGGUAAAUAUCUGAAUAAUUGUGCAAUGUUUCACUUUAUGGCCUAUGAAUUCUAGAGAUAUACUUUUUUUCAUGGAAAGUAAGAAAAUUCUGAAAAGAUGUAAGUUUACCAAUUCCAUUAAAUCAAGCUAUACAGAGUGUCUCACAAAAAAGGAAACCUGUUUUCAGAGAUAGAUUUCCCAAUUAUUAAAUAUGUUUUCCUAUACUUUGAUACUUGUAGUAAGAAUGGAAUCUCAUCUUUAAUUUGAGACUAACAGUGUAGCAAAUCGUUAACUCAUGGUAGAUUACGAAGAAUAAACAUUGAAGCAUGUCAUAAACGAUUUGCACAGAAACUUACCUGUGAAUCUACAUCCACUCUCAUUUCAGAGGUCAGUGAGAGACUUAAAGAAUACAAAAGAAAUGCUAAUGAACCAAUCGUCGAAAAAGCACUGUCGUUGUAUCAUGCACCAAUCUUGUUCAAUUUUUCUGUGCAACCUAAUUUUGACAUUAAAAUUUCAAAAUCUUCCUGCUCCUUAAUGUGUGAAGUGUUCUCUCAUAUUAUGUAUCAAAAUAUAGAGGAACAAUUGAAUUGUAUGAUAUGUAAAUAAAAUAACCCAAUUCAUUUGCCUUUGAAGAAAAAAAAUAAAUGGGAAUCCUGGUUUCCUUUUUUUCUGGGAUGCACUGUAGAUGUUUACUUCUUUGAUCAGCAUUUUGCAAUGGUCGAACUAUGCAAAUGCAUGAUUUUAAACUUUUUCACUUUUCAGGUUGUAAUAAGUCCAUGAACAGACUAUGAAAUUUGCCAUUUCCAAGUGUAUAUUUUGCUUUGCGCAAGUUGAAAUCUGUAGCAUAUACAUCUUGCUGAAUGUAAUUGCUGAUAAAUAUCACUUUUUGUGAUGGUGGCUGAAAAUCUAUUGAAUUUAAUUGAAAUGGAAAAAAGAAUAUCUGUGCAUGCUUCUUUAUUGAAAUAAGGAGCGUAAAUCUACCCCAUAUUUUCUAUUAAUCAUACUUCAUGGAAGAUAUUUCAUUGUUUCAAUAAAUAUCACAGAAAUUUAUAAGGGAUAUGUAAAAUAAUGGAAGAAGCUGUUAGUGUUAAAUCAUUGCAGUGCAUGACAAAAGAAGUUAAGACUUAUUUGUUGUGGACUUCUAACAGGUUACAUUGUACCAGAACUUUGACAAUGUUUUUUGUGUUGCAGAGAUGAUUUUGAUCUAGUAAGUAAUAGUGAAUCUAUCAGAUUCAUUCUUUUUAUCAUGCCAAUUUUUCUUCAUUUAAUCCUCUUUUUUAAGGAGGUGGAGGUAGUAAAAAAAAUAUUAUUUCAAUUGUUGCAUCAAGUUGUAUAAUCUUCUAAAACUUACAGAAAUCCAUGAUUUUUAUUUUUUUCAUCUAGAAUUAUAAAAAAACUAUAACAUUCUUUCUAGUUAUGGUGUCAUUGUGUUCCAACUCUUCAACUUUUGUUGUUGUGGUAUUAGCCAACAAUGGAGGUGUCUUACAUUUUUUUUCAAUUGCAUAAAGUAUAUUAUUGCAUGCAUGCUGUUUAUUUGGGGGAAGGUACUACAUAUAUGCCCUCUUAUGUUGUAUUUACUUGUUUUAGAGUGUUGCAUCUAGUUGCAUAUAUAUAUUGAAUAUAUUAUGAUACAAAUACUUUCAGGAGACUUAUAGCUAAGCAAAUUGCACUCUUUGAUCUAUGAACUAGAACAACAAAUAAUACUACCAGAGGUUGAUACUUGAAAGAUUUAUUUUCUGCUACAGUAGGCCUAACAUUGUAUUUGCCAUGGCAUGAAUUCUGCAUAGUGCACCACAGAUGAUUGUAAAGUACAUUUUAAAAGUUUUUUGAUACUUGAAAGAACAGUAUCCACAUGAGUGGUCAUUUCAUAAUUGUUGGGUCUUAUUUUAUCUCUGGCCAAGUCAUUUUAACGGCAUUUGAUGAGGUUCAUUUUCAAUUGGUCAAAUGCCGAUUCGUCCAAUUACCAUCUCGUCUACUAUCAUUUGGUCUACCAUCAGUUUUUCCACUAUCCACAUGAUCUAAAGGACAUUUCGUCCUUUCACCAUAACCAGUUGGUCCAAUAGCUAUUUAGUCCAUAUACCAUUUGGUCUAAUUGGACUAAGUAUUAAUUGGGUGAAAGGAAUGAAAAUAAAAUGGAUAUUAGACCAACUGGUUAUGAGACAAAAUGGUCAUAGAUGAACUGAUUAGAUGAAGUGACGAUUGGACCAAAUGGUUUUGGACUAAAUGUUGAUGGACAAAAUGGCAUUAGACUAAAUGCAGGUAGACCAUGUGAUGAGUGGACGAGUUGGCAAUAGGCGAAUUGGCAGUUUACCUUUAAUGAGACCCUGUUUCAUCUAGUGGUAUAGUAUAAUGGAUAAGAGUAAUUAUGAUAUUGUCAUCUUUAACCUUCAAUAGAGCAUUAGGUAGGCCUACUAUUUUAACUCUUUGCACGCUGAAUUAUUUUUUUGGGGGGAAAAUAAUGACAAUUGUUUGCAUUUAUUUUCUUUAAUUCAAGAUUUCCAUAUUUUACCAUUGAUACUAAUGAUAAUCAUUAUAUAAAUGUCAUCCAAGAACUAUUGCCUUUUAUUAGCUCAUCUAAUUUGAAGGUAGGGGGGAAAAAAUGAUUAUUACGAUUGUUAAAUUUAAUUGUAUGAAUGUGCAAUAUUGCAACAUCAGUGCGCAAAGGGUUAAAGGGAUGAAAUUAUUUGAUUGGAUUUAAUUUUGUGGCACCAUGAUAGUAUGAUGUAAUGAAUCGAUUUUAGACGGUUAGGGGCUAUAAAAUUUUGAUGGAUCGUAGACAUUCCACAGCCGAUUUUGAAUAUAUAUUUAUUCUUCAUCAGAUUUCAACCUCUUUGAUAUGGCUCUUCUUAAAAACGGUGACUACGUAAUGUGUAUACAGUUGCUGGAUGAUUAUCAUGUUAAGAUUGAAUGGCUGUCGUUUGUUAAAUAAUCUUAAUUAUUAAUAAAACCUUUAGUUGAUUACAAGAGCAGUGAUCACAUUUCAAGCCAAAUUUUGCUUAGCUGUAAGUUCUCUUAUAAACUAUCACAUUAACAAAAUAUAUAUGUAUAUAUGUGUGAACAUUAUUUUAGCACUACUAGUAUGGUGUACAGAUGGUUAAAUUAUUUGAUGUUCUAUUCAUGACCAAAUUAAAUAUUUUUAUUCUAUUUGAUAUUCUGUAGUCUGUCAAAGCUCUAAACAUCUCCGUAAUGGAUCAUUUAUGUGGUACUAAUUUUUAAAAACUCGUACUUUGUCAUUUGUCAAGGUAAAAGGGUGUUGUUAUAUGUUGAUUCUAAAGUCUUUUGUGAAUAUAUAUCUUAAUCAAGAUGAAUAAAUUGGCAUAUAUGUAUUGGCAAUUUA